AUGGAUCAAAUUGCUCCUUGCAUUCAUGAUGAGCUUGCCUUGUUUGUUAAGAAAUAUAGGAGGGUUGUUAAAGAUAAAACCAAAGUCACUAGGAAUUGUCAAAAUCUUUCUAGUUCGUCUACAUGUGUGUGUCAAGACAAUGUUUUUAAGGAGAGGAAUUUUUUGAACUCUUAUGGCUUUAGGGAGGACAAAAGUUUGAAGGGUCUUGUAAAGUGCUAUCUAUGUGGCGAUGCUGGUCACAUUGAUGUGGAAUGUGCACAUAACCACAUGACAAAGUCUAAUAAGAGAGAAGAGUCAAUUAGUGCACAAUGGACUGAUAGUGAUAGUGAUGAUUCCAACAACUAUAUCACUUCAUCUUAUGAAGAGGCAAAUAAUUUUGCCCUUGUUGGUUCUGUUCAUAACUCUAGCCUUGCUAGAGUUCAUGAAGUUAAGGAAAGAAAAUAUGAUUCAGGAAAUGAAUCUAUGUCUGGAGAUGAUAGGCAGGAUGACCAGUCAUAUAGGGUACAUGAUGACCAGUCAUACAAGGAACAAGAUGACCAGCCAUAUAGGGUACAUGAUGACCAAUCAUACAAGGAACAAGAUGACCAGUCAUAUAGGGAACUAUGUGAAAAGUAUGAUAUGCUUUUCAAUGAAACCUGUAAUUUCAAAGAACAUAAUCACAUGGUUGAAGAAAAGGUCAAGGACCUUGAUGAACUGAUUGAAACUCUCAAAAUGGCCAAAAGGAAGUCGAGUGAUAAUUUGUAUGAGAAUGAAGUUGACAUGUAUGAAUUGUAUCAUAAAGUUAGAACUCUUGAAAAAGAAAAUUCUAAUUUGAUUGAGAAAUUGAAUGUACUUGAAAAUGACAAAUCCUUGCUUCUUCAUAGAUUGAUUUUAUUUGAGUUUGAAAAGUCAUUAGUUGAGCAUGAAAAGGUUGUUGUGCAUGAUAAGUUUGUGGUUGAAAAUUCUGUUUUGCAAUGCAUGUUAUUUGAGAAAGACAUUGAGAUUCAAAACUUGUUUGAGAUGGUAAAAUCACUUGAAAACAACAUGGUUAAACAAUCUAAUUCUUUUGAUGCUUUACAAUUUGAAAAUAUAAGAUUAGAACAUGAACUUGAGGUUGUGUACUCAAGAAAGAUGACGCAGGGUAUGUCUUUACGUAUUUCAGAUUGUGUGAAAGAUCCUGAACACGCAUAUAAAGAAAUCUAA